AUGGCUUCUGCUUCCCGUGAGCAGAACUCCUCAGCAGGCGCUCCAGAUACAGAGCAACUGAAAAUGGACCACAGAGUAGCCGCGCAGUCGCCCCCCUCGGACAAUGACAGCGAACGCCCCGUGCGACAACAGCUCAAGAAGACUAAUCUAGGCGCUGUGGGCGAAAACAACGGUUCUGCCCGUCCAAACCGAAAGCGCUCCCUCGACGACACAGAUGGAGCAAAUGACACACCUCCAAUCAAGCGAUCUCGAGAGUGCACCCCGGACAUCCUACAUGCUUCCACGGAAGCCACCUCCGACCACACCGGAACCUCCAACAAUGGCAUUACGCAAAAUGUGAGUGACAAUGUGCUAGCCACACCCGCGAACACUACCCACGAGACCACCAAGGUCCAUAUUCCCCUGGGCGUUGAGAUCAAGGUCUCAAUUGCUGGAUCCGAGAAAAUUACCCGUUUGAGCAUCCCUCUGGACAUUGAUGUCAAGAGCGUAUUUCUCGAUCCGGAAACCCUUACCCUGGACACACUUCCCCUGGACACCCUUCCCUUGAACACACUUCCCUUGGACACACUUCCCUUGGACACGCUUCCCUUGGAGACACUUCCUCUGGACAUGCUUCCUCUGGGCAUGUUUCCUCUGGACAUGUUUCUGGACAUGCUUUUAGAAAUGCUUCCUAUAGAUAUGCUACCUCUGGGCAUGCUUCUGGACACGCUUCCUCUGGACAUGCUGCCUCCGGACAUGCUAUUUCUGGACAUGUUUCCUCUAGACAUGUUUCUGGACAUGCUUCUGGACACGCUUCCUCUGGAAAUGCUUCCUCUGGACAUGCUUCUGGACACGCUUCCUCUGGACAUGCUGCCUCCGGACAUGCUAUCUCUGGGCAUGAUACCUCUGGGUAUGCUUCUGGAUAUGCUUCUAGACGUGCUUCCUAUGGAUAUGCUACCUCUGGGCAUGAUACCUCUGGGUAUGCUUCUGGAUAUGCUUCUAGACGUGCUUCCUAUAGAUAUGCUACCUCUGGGCAUGCUUCUGGACACGCUUCCUCUGGACAUGCUGCCUCCGGACAUGCUAUUUCUGGACAUGUUUCCUCUAGACAUGUUUCUGGACAUGCUUCUGGACACGCUUCCUCUGGAAAUGCUUCCUCUGGACGUGCUUCCUAUGGAUAUGCUACCUCUGGGCAUGCUUCCUCUGGGAAUGUUUCCUCUGGGAAUGUUUCUGGACAUGCUUCUAGACAUGCUUCCUAUAGAUAUGCUACCUCUGGGCAUGCUUCUGGACACGCUUCCUCUGGACAUGCUUCCUCUGGACAUGCUUCCUCUGGACCUGCUUCCUCUGGACACGCUUCCUCUGGAAAGCAUGUACCCUCUGAAGACUACAUACCCCUUGAAGACCCUGAGUCAAGCGGAGAUUCCUCGUCCGAGGACUCUCUGCCUGACUACCGUUCACCUGAAUUCCCGACUUCUCCGAGUCCUGUCCCACGCAAAUAUCGAAACGACCGCCGGCGGAAACGAAGAUGGUUCUUCACAAACUCUCAAGAAGAAACGGAGCCGAGAACAACUUGAAGAUGAUGUAUCGAAGAAUUCUCACGCUAUUACUGACCCCACUCCCGGUUUGGCUGAGACCACUUCAUCGGACGAAAAAUCUACUGCCGAAGGACAACCCGAAAAGAAGAGACCGCGCGACAACUCAGAGGAGCGCAAGGCCAAGGUGGAUCAGACUUUCACCGCGAGUGCAUUCGGAAAGGCUUCUGCCAACCCCUCACCGUUUGCAAUGCCUGCAGCUAAAUCAACCUCUGAUGCUUCACCUUUCGCAACCAGCGGUGCCUCGACUACUGGUUUGGGUGCCCUCGGAACUGGCUUCUCUGGAUUUGGCAGCGCUUUCCCUGCUCCAUCUGGUAAACUCACCAGUUUCGCGUCCUCCAAUGCUCCCGCCGCUUUCCCUGGAGCAACUGGUAAAUUGACCAGCUUCGCAUCUGCCAACGCCCCUGCCAGUUUCUCUGGAACAGCCGGUAAACUAACCAGUUUCGCGUCUCCUAAUGCCCCCGUUUCCUUUGGAAAUUCCAGUGACAAGACCCUGGGUGCAAAGCAAUCCGACAACGAAGAGAGUGACAACGAAGCAGCGGGUGAAGCUAAUGACACCUUUGUUGCCGAGAAGACCGACGAACGUUUCCACCAACAAACUGGUAUGGACCCCUCCUUGCAGCGUAUCCCCAGGAAACCAGAAUUGGCCAGUCGCUCAUCCCAGGUUAAAAAACCAGUUGAAACCGGCGAAGAAAACGAGACCACCAAGUUCACAUCCAAGGGCAAGCUUUACUACUUUGCCAACAAGAAAUGGAAGGAGCGUGGCAUUGGCACCUUCAAGGUUAACCUCAAGACGGACUCCCACGGAAAGCAAUCUGGCCGCAUGAUCAUGCGUGCCGAUGGUGCCUUGCGUGUCAUGUUGAACAGUGCAAUUUGGCAGACCAUGCCAUUUGGCGACAACAAGGGUGAUCGCCCGGCCACCCGGGAUAUUUACCUUGCCAGCAAGGACGGUGAGAAAGUUGUUAGCCUGCUUCUCCGGCUUAGCAACGAAAAGCCCGCUCAGGAACUACUUAUAGAGAGGACCAUUGAAAUAGCCAUUUUAGGUCAUAUUGGUUCACGUGAUCUCGCGUUUCCCAUCAGUUCCCAACUUUUGUCGAUUUCGACUUCAACAACAUUAUGGGGCUUCGACAUGACGGGCUCCUCGUCAAUACCACCGGACUCAUCACUCAAACGGAAACGAAGUCAUGAAGGCGAUUGUGCUGUCGAGUCCAAUGUGACUCCCCCGGACGCGUCGCCCCAAGACCUUGCCGAUCAAACACCCUCGACUACGGCCGAUGGUUCUCUCAACGAAUAUGAUGUGCAUGGAACCGGAUCUAUCAAAAAUAUAGCCACCAAAAAAACAAGCAAAGGAAAGAAAGUUACCUCGAAACCCGCGAAGCCCUCGAAGCGAACUCCAUCUACACCAUUACCAGAUACCUUCAAACGCCUCUCACAAACCCAUCGCGCCUUGAAUCUCGUUUACACAUUUUGUUGCACGCGAAAGCACUUCGCCACCACAUUUGACAACAUAAAAAAGGCAGUACAAGCCCAACUUGGUCAACGAGAACUCACCGUUGAGGAUGUUGCACGCGUGAAAGUCAUAGUUCCGGGCGCGGUCCGCUUCGAAUAUGUGGACGAAGCCAAAUUGGAAGUAAUGACUGCUGGAGAUGAAGAGAUAUCUCAAUAUGGAUUACACAAACGAUCUAAUCUGCCAUUUGGGAACACGGACACAGCUGAAGACGCUAGUGGCGAUCUUCACGAAGACACAAAGCAAGUUCUGCUAUUUGAGUUUGUGGACGCUGAUCUGAAGCGGGAAUCACUACAUCCUAAGACGGGAGAGCCUAUGAAACCCGUCCGUCGUAUGAAAGACGAGGAUCUGAAAAUGCCCGUCUACAGCCAAAAGCAGAUGCUGGCCUUGAUUGAAAAACGGAAUGUCAAAUUCUCAGACGCUUUGAAUGAGUUUUUGGUUCGAUGUGAGGACAAUAAUACUGACCCGGUCGAUUGUCUUGAACAAGAUAAGAAUACUUUUAUGCCCACCCCUCUUACAGCGCAGCCGCCAGCAACAAUCCCCAAGGAGCGAAAGUCCAUUGAGGAAAUCAUUGCAGAGAUUCGGCAGAUGGAUUGGUAUUAUGCGCAGAUUGUGCCGGAAGGCCAUCGUGUAUUCGAAGCCCAGUCUCCUGUCUACGGUGAUUUGACAUUCCAGCUCUCGCAGGACCUUGUGAAUGCUCUGUAUAACACAAAAGGAAUCACACAAAUGUAUACUCAUCAAACAGAGGCAAUUAACCACCUAUACGAGGGCCAUAAUGUGAUUGUGUCGACGUCAACAAGCUCGGGAAAAUCCCUUAUCUAUCAAGUCCCCAUGUUGCACGAGCUUGAAAAGGACCCAGAGAGCAGGGGGAUGUAUAUCUUCCCCACGAAAGCAUUGGCUCAAGAUCAGCGCCGCAGCAUGAUGGAUCUACUUCAGUUUAUGAACGGGCUGCAACACACAAUGGUUGAAACGUUUGAUGGGGAUACGCCUAUGGGGAGCCGAAAUUUGAUACGUGACGAGGCGCGGAUCAUCUUCACCAAUCCCGAUAUGCUUCAUAUUACAAUUCUGCCGCAGGAGAGUUCCUGGCGCACUUUUUUGAAGAAUUUGAAGUUCGUCGUCGUCGACGAAUUACACGUCUAUAACGGCUUGUUUGGGUCUCAUGUCGCUUUUAUCAUGCGACGUCUCCGCAGGAUUUGUGCUGCCGUCGGUAAUCAGCAUGUCAAGUUCAUAUCUUGUUCUGCUACUGUUGCAAACCCGGAGGAUCACAUGAAGUCUGUCUUUGGGGUGCAGGAUGUGAAACUCGUCGAUUUCGAUGGAUCUCCCUCUGGUCGUAAAGAGUUUGUUUGCUGGAAUACGCCAUUCAAAGACCCCAAAGAUCCUACCUCUGGACGUGCAGACACCGUCACUGAGACCGCCAGACUAUUUUGCCAGCUGAUUCUCAGAGGCGUGAGAGUCAUCGCCUUCUGCCGAAUCAGGAAGUUAUGUGAGAUCCUCUUACAAGGUGUGCGCGUGGAGUUCGAUAGACUCGAACGAACAGAAAUCGGCAAGCUAGUGAUGGGCUACCGAGGAGGGUAUAGCCCUCAGGAUCGACGCCAAAUCGAAAAGGAAAUGUUCGAGGGGAAACUCAUGGGAAUCGUGGCCACCAACGCACUGGAACUGGGCGUUGAUAUUGGCUCCCUGGAUGCAGUAAUCACCAUGGGCUUCCCAUACUCGAUUUCCAAUCUACGCCAACAAAGCGGCCGCGCUGGACGACGUAACAAGGACUCCCUCUCCGUCCUAGUCGGGGACAGAUACCCAACCGACCAACACUACAUGCAGAAUCCGGAUGAAUUAUUCACACGGCCGAAUUGCGAGCUGCAGAUCGACCUAUCCAACGAGCUCAUUCUCGAAGGCCACGUCCAAUGUGCUGCAUUUGAGAUGCCUAUCCGCCCCGAAGAAGACAGCAUCUACUUCGGGCAACAGCUCCUUGCCCUAGCCCCAACCCGCCUAAUAAAAGACUCACUCGGCUUCUACCACUGCCACCCACGCUUCCGCCCACAGCCCUCCCGCAGCGUCUCAAUCCGCGACACAGAAGACCAACACUUCGCCGUCAUAGACACAACGAACAACCGCAAUAUAGUGCUGGAAGAAGUCGAAGCCUCGCGCGCCUUCUUCACAAUCUACGAAGGCGGAAUCUUCCUCCACCAAGGCACAACCUACCUAGUAAAAGAACUAAACACCGAAUCCUUCCUAGCGCGCGUCGUGCGCGUUCACGUCGACUGGAACACCAUGCAACGCGACUUCACCGACAUCGACCCCAUAGAAACCGAAGCUAUGCGUGUGGUCAGUAACGACCCCCUAGCCUCGCGCGCGUUCUUCGGCGCAAUCCAAAUCCACGCCGUUGUCUACGGCUUUUUCAAAAUCGACAAGCGUGGCCGUGUCCUCGACGCCGUCGCCGUCGAUAACCCGCCAAUCGACCGUCUUACAAAGGGUAUGUGGCUCGAUGUCCCAACGCGCGCUAUGGAGAUCCUUCAAUCGCAUCGGCUUAAUAUAGCCGCCGCCAUUCACGCCGCUGAACACGCCGUCCUCUCCCUCCUGCCCUCCUUCGUCGUUUCUUCGCCCGGUGACGUCCGCACGGAAUGCAAAGUCGCGAAGAAAGAGCUUGGCCGGUCGCUCCGCCGCGCGAACGUGCCCAGUGAGUUUGAGGAGAAGCUUAAACCGCCGACGCGGCAGAGGCCUGCUCGGCUUACCUUUUAUGACGCGAAGGGUGGGUCAUGUGGGUCUGGGAUUGCUAAUAAGGCGUUUGAGUUUAUUGGGUUGCUUCUUCGACGGGCGGUUGCGCGCAUCGAGGCUUGUUCUUGUCUUUUGCCGCAAGGUUGUGUGGAGUGUGUUUGUGAUGAGCGAUGUAAGGAGAUGAAUGUAGUUAUGAGUAAGGCCGGUGCUGGGGUUAUACUGCGGUGUUUGCUUGGGUGGGAUGUUGAUGUUGAUGCCUUGCCGUGGGGGGAGGAAGUGGAGGGUGACGAGUUUGGAGUUGGAGGUGCUGGGGAGUUGGCUGGUGGGUUGGAGACCGUUGUCGUGGCCGGGGAGGUGCCGUGGAAGCCUGGGUGUCGGGUUGGUUGUUGA